GCUGGAACAAAUAUGGCCGCCCCGGCGCCCGUCGGCUCUUCGGGCUCCCGCAGUCCUCGGCUGACCGCCGGCCUUCGGCUGUUCCCACUACUGGGGCUGCUGCAGCUGCUGGUCGAGCCUGGCCUGGGCCGCGUCCACCACCUGGCGCUCAAGGAUGAUGUGAGGCAUAAGGUUCAUCUGAACACCUUUGGAUUCUUCAAGAAUGGGUACAUGAUGGUGAAUGUCAGUAGCCUUUCAGUGAGUGAGCCUCAAGGAGCCACAGACAAGGACGCAACUAUUGGAUUCAGCCUAGACCGCACAAAGAAUGAUGGAUUUUCUUCUUAUCUGGAUGAAGAUGUGAAUUACUGUAUUUUAAAGAAACAGUCUGCCUCUGUCACCCUUCUAAUCCUAGACAUCUCCAGAAGUGAAGUGCGAAUAAGAUCUCCACCAGAAGCUGGUACCCAGUUACCAAAGAUCAUCUUCAGCAAGGAUGAGAAAGUCCUUGGUCAGAGCCAGGAACCUGGUGUUAACGCUGUUUCAGCAGGAAGCCAGACUCAGAAAAAACAAGACAGUGGAAAGUCUGAAAGAAGUACAGUGGAUUCAAAGGCAACAGGAGAGAAAUCCUUUUCUGUUCGUAAUAAUGAUGGGGCAGUUUCAUUUCAGUUUUUCUUUAACAUCAGCACUGAAGACCAAGAAGGCCUCUACAGUCUUUAUUUUCAUAAAUGCCCUGGAAGUGAAGUACGGUCUAACGACAAGUUUUCAUUCAGCCUCGAUAUCGAGAUCACAGAGAAGAAUCCUGACAGCUACCUCUCAGCGGGAGAAAUUCCUCUCCCCAAAUUAUACAUUUCUAUGGCCUUUUUCUUUUUGCUCUCUGGGACAAUCUGGAUUCACAUCCUUCGAAAACGACGGAAUGAUGUAUUUAAAAUUCACUGGUUGAUGGCCGCCCUUCCUUUCACCAAGUCUCUUUCCUUGGUAUUCCACGCAAUCGACUACCACUAUAUCUCCUCCCAGGGCUUCCCGAUCGAAGGGUGGGCUGUGGUGUACUACAUCACUCACCUCUUGAAAGGGGCCCUGCUGUUCAUCACCAUCGCACUCAUUGGCACCGGCUGGGCUUUCAUUAAGCACAUCCUUUCUGAUAAAGACAAAAAGAUCUUCAUGAUUGUCAUCCCGCUUCAGGUCCUGGCAAACGUGGCCUAUAUCAUCAUAGAGUCCACCGAGGAGGGGACGACUGAGUAUGGCUUGUGGAAGGAUUCUCUGUUUCUGGUGGACCUGCUGUGCUGUGGAGCCAUCCUCUUCCCGGUGGUAUGGUCAAUCAGACAUUUACAAGAAGCAUCAGCAACAGAUGGAAAAGCUGCCAUUAACUUGGCAAAGCUGAAACUUUUCAGACAUUACUACGUCUUGAUCGUAUGUUACAUAUACUUCACCAGGAUUAUUGCAUUUCUCCUCAAACUUGCUGUUCCGUUCCAGUGGAAGUGGCUCUACCAGCUCCUGGAUGAAAUGGCCACGCUGGUGUUCUUUGUUCUAACGGGGUAUAAGUUCCGUCCAGCUUCAGAUAACCCCUACCUACAACUUUCUCAGGAAGAAGAUGACUUGGAAAUGGAAUCUGUAGUGACCACGUCAGGGGUGAUGGAGAAUAUGAAGAAAGUCAAGAAGGUGACCAACGGCUCGGUGGAGCCGCAGGUUACCGAGAAGGAGGUCCAGCAGUGGUACAAAGGCUUCAUCAAGGACUGCCCCAGCGGGCAGCUGGAUGCAGCGGGCUUCCAGAAGAUCUACAAGCAGUUCUUCCCGUUUGGAGACCCCACCAAGUUCGCCACAUUUGUUUUCAACGUCUUUGAUGAAAACAAGGAUGGGCGGAUUGAGUUCUCUGAGUUCAUCCAGGCGCUGUCGGUGACCUCGAGGGGAACCCUGGAUGAGAAGCUGCGGUGGGAACACCGUGGAACUCCCCGAGGAGGAGAACACCCCCGAGAAGCGGGUGGACCGAAUCUUCGCCAUGAUGGACAAGAAUGCCGACGGGAAGCUGACGCUGCAGGAGUUCCAGGAAGGAUCCAAGGCGGACCCGUCCAUCGUGCAGGCGCUGUCCCUCUACGACGGGCUGGUAUAGUCCAAGGCCCAGAGCUGAGAUGCCUGGGAGCCACUCACCUCCUCCCGUGCCCUGAGGCCACCUCUGCCCCGACACCACCACCCUCGUGUGUCCACCCAGCCUUUCUCCGCAUCCACGCCCCACCGGGCUGCCCUGGAACCGUGAGGCCCGGCUCUCCUCCACCCGCCCCGCACCCACCCGUCGCCUGAAGCCACCGGCUCCAAUUGCCACCAACUUCUGCUUGUCCAGAAAACGACAGUACGGAUGGGCAAAGGCUCCAGCCCUCUGCAAAACCAAGGACUCGGCUGCUUCGCAGGCGGCCUCUCGGUCCCUCCUGCUCUCCUGCGUGUGUGCUUUCGUUCUUUAUUUCAAACAGACAUUGAAAAAGAAAAAAAAAACAAAACUACCUUCUGUCCUAGAAGAUUCAGACUGACAGAUGGGGAGAAGGCCUCGGGGACGUCAAAGAACUCUGCCUCCUGCCUUGACCUUGGCAGCGGGAGAGGCCACGGGAGUCAUGGCCUCGGCCACGGGGGGUCGGGGCGUGGGGGGCCUGCCUGCCCCUCGUGAUUUGGCGCCCCAUCCUCGAGCAGCAAGACCACCUGCGCGGCUAGGAUGAUUAAUUACAACGUUGAUGAUUUUUUUUGUGAUAACAGUAUUGUGCUUUUUGUGGGGAAAGUGAGGUUUUUUUUUUUUAUAUACAUAUAUAAUUGAUACCUUUUAUUUAUUGGUUGGUAACUGUUGCUGCUGCCUCGUGUGUCUGAUGCUCCCAGGGAUGCGGGGCCCACCGUUUACACGUGCACGCCCUCGCCCACCUGCCCAGGCGCUUGGGAGGAUGGUGGCCUGCAGCGGCCAGGAAGCCAAAAAUCUUUUUUUUUUUUUUUUUUUUCAGAUACUGUGCUCGAUGUUUGGAGAGGGGAAAGGUGGGCUUCUUAAAUGGCUAAUGCACUGUUCCCUCCAGCUCGAAUGCCUCCCUCCUGGAUCUCUUUUCUCUGCUCCCGGUUCACACACCUCUCGGUCCUGUAUCCUCCUCUGGGUCCAUAACCUCUUUUCUGAGGACAAACAGGGGACAUCUUCCGGUUUCUCGGUUCUUGCUUUGGUGUUCGCAGCGCCGUGGGGAGUGGCAAGGCUUGUGCUGAGACUGGGAUCCAGGAAGGGCCGGGGGUGGACCGAGAAUCUAAGGAGAGAAGGAGGAGGGAGUGAGCAGAUGUGAAGUCUGCCUCUCCCUCCUUGGUUGGUUUUGAGAAUAGCUGCUCACCCUGCUUUCCUGCCUUGUCCAGCGGACCACAGUAGCUUUCCCUCUUUUAGCUGAAAGGCCGGAAGGGAGCGGGGGAGAGAGAAGGGCCGCAGGCAAUCCCAUUCAGGUGGCUUCUUGGGCUGUGGCCCACAUGUGCUCACAGGAAGCUUCUAGCUCUGCCUGCCACUGAGACAGGGCAGGCCCACAACUGUCACCAGGAAAGUCAGAUGACCUUGGACCGGAAGGCAGGAUCCUGAGGCUGGCCCUUGCUCCGUGACUGUGGGCCCCCCUGCCCUCUGUGGGCCCCAGCUCCCCCUGCUGCGGAUCCGGGAGGCCUGGGCUGGGGGAUCCGGAGGCUUCCCUUCGUGCUGAUGCUGUCUAAUUCUAAGCUUGGGUUUCCUGCAGCUGGUGAUUGUGCGGUCUGUGUCUGUGUUUACAGACCCCAGCAGACACGGGGGCUGCCUGAGUCUCUCUGUCUCUUAGCACAGUCUUCAGGGUCACAGCAGCCACUGUUCGUGGUGUGUGGGUUCGGAUGACACACCCUGUCCCUCCCCGCAGAGCUUCCUGGUCCCUCCCGGACUCUUGAGCUGUCUUUCAGGCCCAGAACUAGUCCUCGCCCAGGGAAGGCUUCUGGGUGAGAAGCAGCCUCCCAGACUGUUUAGGGCCAGGCCGGAAUCGAGAAUCCCUGCUUCUCCUUUGCGAAGUCAGCAGCCUAUCACCUCCUGACUUAUCCCGGCCAGCGGAGGGGAGGAGCUGACCCUCGGCCCCCGCUUUAAAUGGCCCUUGGCGCCCACUUUGCACUUUCCCAGGAGGCCAGAGCUUCUCCUGCUCUUUAACUCUCACAGCAGACCCCCGCCAGAGAGCGGCUCCGCCAGCGUGGGACUUGCGUGUCCGCUCCUGCAGGCUGGACCGCUCGGCCGGCCCCUGUCUCUCCCUCCUUGCAUCAGCCAGCCCUCUGGCUGCCCUCUCCCUCCGCUGGAAGCCCCCCAGAUCCUGCGGGGAUAGGAGCAGUAGUUCCAUUUUCACGGGUGACUUUGAAGCUUGGGCUCUUUGAGGCCCCUGCGGUCACCUUCCUGCUCAGGCCACGGGCCUAGGAGGCCCAGUACUCACCACCAAAUCCUGCAGUUCCUCAGCCUGGCUCUGACCUAGGACCCUAGGGCAGCAGGUGAACUUGGCGGCUUGGGGCUGGAGAUGGGGGGAGCGGGGCCUUUCCCCAGGUCAAAUGAUUUCUCUGGCCUCCACCUGAGCCUCGAUUUACCUCUCUGGUCCAGUGGGCCAGAGCUUUUGUGCAGCCUGUCCUGGAGCAUCACGGGAAAGGGCUUGUGGCUAAGAAUUAUCCAAGGUUAAGCAUAGGGGUCCCGCCCGCUGAGACAUUGACUCCUAGGAGUCUAGGGAGAUCGGUGUGCAAGGCUUUCCUCCCACCUCCUCACCGUUAGGCCUUUUGGUUUGGAGCUACGCGUGUGGCUUUUGACCUUAGCAGGCGAUACCGUGGACCCAUGGGCCAAGGCACACCUUGGGUCCUUGCCCAGAGAAGUCCAGAGCUGCUGGAAGGGCCACGCCUCUUCCUGGCAGGGUGCUGGACACUGGCCAUUUUUGCCCGAGGUUGCGGGCAGGGACAGUUCCGUCCCCUCCUCUCACCAGGCCUCUAGCUGCAGCACCCUUGGAACCCCGAGCAGCCCAUGGGCCUCUCUCCCCAGCACUGUUUCCCACCCGAGGCCCAGCCCUGUCAACUGCUGCUCUGGGGCUUCCAGACCAGCCAGAAGCCAGGUUCUUAGCCCUCGCUCCCCAGCCCAGGAGCAGGGGCCAGCCUCCGGCAGUCCGUCUGCAGCAGCCCUGGCCUCUUCCUCAUAGAAUCCGCUCCCCACUCUGCGUUGAUGGUACUUAGGAGAACGUCGUGAGUUUCCAGUAUUUAACCAGGCAACGUUUAGAAUAACGUCGUUUAGAAUAACGUCAAGGCAGAUGUGUGUCCUUGUCUUCCCCUGAAAUGCUUUUCAUUUUGACAGCCAACUUCCUAGAUGACAGAUGCAUCUGGGCUUUCGAGGACCCUGUCUCUUCUCUAGAGGGUUGGGGUGUGGGGUUCCUGGGCCCCCUGGGAAGAUGCAGCCUCUCCCUGGGGAAAGCCCCACUGCUCACCUAGUGGAAAAGCUACCGGGUUCCCAGUGGUUUCAGCUUCUAAGGGAUUGAGGGGAACGCGGGAGCGCCCCCUCGUGGCGAUGAUCUAUAAAGGCAUUUGGGGGACCGGACCAGACAAAUAGGUGAUUUGAGAGCGAGGCCGCAGAUGGGGAGGCGAGGGGGGGGGGGCGGCGCUAUGAUCUCACCCAGACCCUGAGCUUCCAGCCCCACCUUACUGGCAGCAUGUCUCCCAGACGCCCUUCUUCUAGGUCUACCCCAGAGAUAGCAAGUGAAUCAGCAUAAGGGCACUGUAAUGGGAAGCCUUGCCCCCCCCGACCUUUUUUAAUAUCUGCGGAAUAAACCCAAUGGUUGAUUUUUGGAUGAAUAAAAGGCUUUUGUCGAAUA